CUUGGCGUGGGGAGGCUGGAGUCUCCUUCGGAGAGGAGAGCGUCUCUGGAGACCGUUCGAGAGGAAGAGCGAGGGAGGCGCCGCCGCCGCCACCGCCUUAGCCGGCCGCGAUGCCUUCUGCCUGGAGCCGAGGAGCGCCUGGCCCCGGGGUGAUCACCCUGCUUCUGGUAGCCCUGGGCAACCUGGGACUUUGCCACGCAAGGGUUGAGUAUGGAGAUGUACUGCCAGAUUCCUUCCCAUCAGCACCUGCAGAGUCCCUCCCCAAUUUCCUCUUGGAGCCACAAGAUGCCUACAUAGUGAAGAACAAGCCGGUGGAGCUGACCUGCAGAGCCAACCCAGCCACCCAGAUCUACUUCAAGUGCAAUGGAGAAUGGGUGAAUCAGAAUGACCAUCUCACAGCAGAGAGCCUGGACGAAGUCACUGGGCUCCUUGUAAGAGAAGUCCAGAUCGAAGUCUCUCGCCAGCAAGUGGAGGAGCUGUUUGGCCUAGAAGAUUACUGGUGUCAGUGUGUGGCCUGGAGUUCUGCUGGAACCACCAAAAGUCGCCGAGCGUACGUUCGGAUAGCAUAUGUUCAGGCUUGUAGGUACGAUAAAUGUUUCAGAGAAUCUGAAAAACCAUCAGUUGGAAGCUACCACCGUGCUUGA